CCAAAUCAUAUUUUAUGGACCCUCUUGGCUAUACUGAUCAGUGAUCACGCAUGAAAGAGGAAAGCUCAGCCAUUAAUUUUUCUUUCGCUUAUAUUCUAUCUUGCUCUAUAUUUUUUAUGCUUCCAGACCUUCUUGAUUUAAAUAAUAAUGUUGUGAUGGUAAAAAAAAUCACAAUACAUGUUUAUUCUGCUAUGAGAUUAUGAAGUUAUGAAACCAAAGCAACGGAAAGAUGGUUUUCAUCUAACUUACUAGGAGUUAGGACCAUUAAAUUAUUUAAUCAAACCUAAUAAUAAGCUGUACUUCUUCCAAUAAAUUAACGGUUCCAAUUUCGAAUAAACUAUAAAUAGAAAGUAAAAAUUCCAUAAUAAACUCCAUAUAGACACCAUCCUCUCCAACCUUUCUUCUUCUUCUCCGUAACCUAAAACUCUGUCUAAUUAAAUCCAACCAAAAAAAAAAAAAAGUUCAUCAUCUUCUUCUUAUGUCUUCAAUGCAUAAGAAAGGUACAAGCAGAGACGUAAAUGGCCAAGCAUUUACAAAACUAACAAAAGUUGAAACUAUUCCAGAUCCAGACAUUUACGACAUUACCUAUGUCGAUAUCUCUCCCUCCGAAGGCUCCUCUUCUCCAUUAUCCAAAUCACCAUGGUCCGUACAAGUCGAUCCAUCCGCAGUAGAUUCACCGUAUCAUUCGGUGAAAGCUACGACGGAGACAACCAAAGAAAAAACAACCAACCACUCUCCUAAUAUUCUCAUGGGAUCUCUUGUUCGCGAAGAAGGUCAUAUCUAUUCAUUAGCUACAUCAGGAGAUUUACUCUACACCGGAUCUGAUUCCAAGAACAUUAGGGUUUGGAAAAACCAUGUUGAGUUCUCGAGUUUUAAAUCGAAUAGCGGAUUGGUUAAAGCCAUUGUACUUGCUGGAGAUAAAAUUUUUACCGGUCAUCAAGAUGGUAAGAUCCGUGUGUGGAAAGCUGCAUCUAAAGAAUCAAACGUUCAUCGUCGUGUAGGUACAAUGCCUAAUCUUCUUGAUUAUAUAAGAAACUCCAUUGGUCCUUCUUCUUACUUCAACUUCACGCGACGUAAUCGUAGCAGUGCUGCGUUAGGGUUUCGACAUUUAGACGCGAUUUCGUGUCUCGCGUUAAGCGAAGAUAAGAGGUUGUUGUACUCUGGAUCUUGGGAUAAAACGUUUAAAGUUUGGAGAGUUUCGGAUUUGCGGUGUUUGGAAUCUGUUAACGCUCAUGAAGAUGCGGUAAACGCUGUCGUUUCGGGUUUUGACGGUUUGGUUUUUACCGGUUCAGCUGAUGGUACGGUUAAGGUUUGGAGAAGAGAAGAUCAAGCGAAGGAGACGAAACAUUUCUUCUCGGAGACGUUAUUGAAACAAGAUUGUGCCGUUACGGCGAUCGCUGUUGAUCAAAGCGCGACGUUAGUUUAUUGUGGUUCGUCUGACGGAACCGUUAAUUUUUGGGAACGUGAGAAUAAUAUGAAAAACGGCGGCGUUUUGAAAGGUCAUAAACUCGCCGUGCUUUGUCUUGUCGCGGCGGGGAAUUUGAUGUUUAGUGGUUCUGCUGAUUUAGGGAUACGUGUGUGGAGGAGACCAGAAGGUGGUUGUGGUGGUGGAGGUGAGCAUGUUUGUCUUUCGGUUUUGACCGGACAUGCUGGUCCGGUUAAGUGUUUGGCGGUCGAGAGAGAUCAAGAAUCGGCUUCCGGUGAGAGACGGUGGAUUGUGUAUAGUGGAAGUUUAGAUAGAUCGGUGAAGAUGUGGCGGGUGUCGGAGAGUUCACCGCCGAUGGUAAAUCAAGAAUUUCGGUCGCCGGAUCAGUUUGGUGGUGGUGGUGGUGGUGGUCCGUCAGUGUUAUCGGUGGCUCCUAGCUUCUCGGCUCAAGGGAGGGUUAGUCCCAAAAAAUAGUUGUUUGUUUUUUGUAUGUAAACAAAACCGAAGAAUUCAAAUGUGUAUGUAAAUUGUAAUUAAUUAUGUUAAAACAGAUUUUGAUCCAACAAACUUCAAGCAUUUUAAUUCGAGGAGUUCCGGUUCGCCUUAACCGGGAUUCUGACAAUUUUUUUUGACAGAC